AUGGCUGCUGUUCAGGACGAGGAGCAUGGGCAGCAUGGCUGUGCCGCCGCUGCUAGGGCGGCGAGGACGGCGACGCAGGAUGGGUCGGUGGAUUGGAGCGGCAGGCCCUGCCUCAGAGACAGAUCAGGAGGAUGGCUUGCCGGCUUCCUCAUGCUGGCGAACCAGACUCUGGUGACGUUCGCCGUCAACUGCGUGGGGACGAACCUGGUGACGUUCAUGGCGGUGGUGAUGACGCUGGACAACGCCGACGCCGCCAACCGAGCCAACAACUGGGCGGGCACCACCUACGUCUUCUCCAUCGUCGGGGCUCUCGUCAGCGACUCCUACUGGGGAAGAUACAAGGCCUGCACCAUCUUCCAGAUCAUCUUCCUCGCAGGUUUGGUGGAGCUCUCCAUAGCCUCCCAUCUGUUCCUUGAGAGAUCCUGCGACUUCAGACACGGAGAGGCCGGGAGACAAGCACAGCACUGCAGGCCACCAACAAGAGCCGAGUCGCUCGUCUUCUACAUCUCGAUCUACCAGAUCGCGCUGGGAACCGGAGCCUACCAGCCUGCCGCCACGACGUUCGGCGCCGACCAGUUUGAUGAGAUCGACGCAGGCGAAAGGAAAUCAAAGUCCGCCUUCUUUGGCUACUUCUUCGUCGCCAACAACCUGGGGGGCGUGCUCGCCGUCACCGCCCUGGCAUACAUGGAGGACAAGGGCCAGUGGGUCCUGGCAUUCUGGAUCUCCACCGCGGUGGCGCUCGUUGGUGUCGUCCUGUUCGCGCUCGGAACCCUCAGGUACCGGCACUUCCUGCCCAACGGCAACGCUAUCGUCAGCGUUUGCCAGGUCAUUGUUGCCGCGACAAAGAACAGGCAUGUCAAGACUCCGCAGCAAGCACAGGAUCUGUACGAGGAGGCUGAUUAUGGGAACGACGAGGAUGCAGCCAAGAUUAAGAAGAAGAAUAAGAUGCUGCUGCACACACCAGAUUUCAGGUGUCUGGACAAGGCAGCGGUGGUGGUUACUACUUCUACUCCACCAACAAGGCAUCAGCGCCAGUCAUGGAGCCUCUGCACUGUUACUCAAGUGGAAGAGCUCAAGUGCAUCCUGCGGCUGGCUCCAAUAUGGGUGUGCAGCAUCCUCUACUCCACCGCCUACUCGCAGAUGUCAUCCGUAUUCAUCGAGCAGGCACAGGCCAUGGACGCCUCCCUCUGGGGUCUCAAGAUCCCUGCUGCCGGGAUGGGCGUUUUCGAGAUACUGGGCGUGACGGCCUUUGUGUUCAUCUACAGCUUUUGCAUUGCCAGGAUCGUGUCCAAGGUCGUGUCACGAGAGCCUACCGAGUUGGAGAGGAUGGGCGUUGGGCUUGUCAUCUCCACACUAGCCAUGAUCACGUCCGGUCUGGUGGAACAGCAGAGGCUCAAGCAUGCGACGACGCUGACACAACCGUCGUCGUCCAGCUCCCUGACCAUCCUUUGGCAGAUCCCCCAGUACGUGCUGAUCGGAGCGUCCGAGGUGUUCAUGUACGUCACUAUGACGGAGUUCUUCAACGACCAGCUCCCCGAGGGCCUAAAAAGCCUCGGGAGCGCCAUGAGCGUCGCCUCCAUGUCAGCUGGCAACUUUGCAAGCAGCCUUCUGGUUACUGUGGUGAUGGCCAUCACCUGCAAAGGCGGCCAAGCAGCUGGGUGCUGGAUACCUCAAGAUCUCAACCAAGGCCACGUGGACAGGUUCUUCUUCGUCAUAGCGGCGCUCAACGCCAUGGAUCUGUUGGCGUACGUGAUCUUUGCAAAGAGGUAUAGACCUGCUCCACUCAUCAAACCUGCAGGAGCAGAUGAGAACGCAUCCCCAGCUGAUCAUGAAAUGUAUAUAUAG